AUGUCUGGUGAGGAGACUAUCUUGGCAAGGCGAGCUCGUCUUUCCCAGGUUCCACGAGCGUGCGAGGCAUGCAAAGUCAGAAAGAUCCGAUGUGACAGAUCCCAACCCUGUGGCAAUUGCAAGGCUGCUGGUAUCACUUGUCAACAAACCCACUCCAUACAACAAUCAGAACGUCCUAGACAAGACAAUCGGAUAUCAAACUUAGAAGAAUAUGUGGCUUCUCUUGAAGCUCGAUUGGCCAAGGUCGAGAUUCGAUUAGAAAAACAGCCUACGCAACCAUCCACAUCAACACCUGCGUCUACAAACCCUCCUACUUCCACGCCUACGGUUUCAAAACAGGAUGCCUCAGUCUCUCCGCCAGUCUCAUCUGAGCCAAGCGUCUACGAUGUCGCCCAAACUCCAGUUGGCAACUUAUACGAAGGAAGCUCAUCGUUUAUAUCCCAAUUUCAGCAGGCUAGCGAAGAGAUCAAACAGUCAGCAGCUGCCAAGACGCCCGAGGGACAGCAGAGUAUCAGCGAGUCUUUUAACCAGUUACACUCGAUGCUUCAUGAUUCAAGCAGCAGGAAGCCGCCUCCUCGGGGUCCAACACGGUCUAUGCCGGAUAUUACACCUUUGCCGGCUUCAGUAGUCCUCAAGAUUAUACGUACAAUCAAAUUUAACCCAACCCGUUUCUUUCCUGGCCAUGCAAUGACCGACAUAAAGUUAAUCGAACAUCUAUGUCAAAAGGUCUAUUUCCCCACGGAGCCAGUGACUCUCGGUCACAUCACAAGUGUCAAUGGAAUCAUGCGCCUCCUCCUUCGAGAGUUGAUCAUCACCGAAGACCCUUUAAGUAAAGAGCACGACUUGGAAGCAUUGAAAGCUCAGGUCGAACGGAACUUUCACCUAGGUCUCGAGACCUUUGAGACUGUAACGGUACCAAGCUUUGAGAAUGUUAUUGCAAUAACAACUGCUGUUCUCAAAAUUCAGAACGAAAGCAGACCAGUUCUCGCACGCACCCUUGUCAACGCAGGACUCAGCCAUUGCCAAAUGUUAGGCUAUCAUCGAGAGAUUACCUAUCAGAAAGAUCAAAGCGGCUUUGCUGAACACAAACGCCGUCUCUUCUGGACUCUGUAUGUCUGUGACAAGACCAACUCUCUUCAUCUCGGCAACGCUUCCAGAAUGCAGGACUUCGAGGUUGAUGCACAAUACCCAUCUAUUCCAAUAGAUGUAGCUGAAAAGCCAUGGAUUGAGUUGUUUCACCUCGUGAUAAGGCUGGCUAAGAUCCAAGGACUCAUCUUUGACAAAUUAUAUUCUGUGGCUGCAUUACAAGCACCAGCUAUGGAGCGCCGACAAUGGAUUGAUACUCUUGUUGCAGAUGCUCAUCAAUGGCGAUACGAACUUGACCGGCUCGACGGCAGUCAGGUCCGUUUUAUAAAGCUCCUUGAGUUAUCGAUGACACACUGGGACAUCAUGUAUUACACGACCCUCACCACUCUCCUCAGAGCACCAGCUAUGCCUGGUGUCAGCACAGAUAUGACCUCGCAAUGUUUUCAAACCGCUAGGCUCGCUUUAGAAAGCCACCUUCGGGCAUUCUCAGGUUACGACGGAGUGAAACUGUUCACAAAGGCAGACUACAUCGACUGGGCUCUUCACAACUCAUCAUUCACUCCCUUUGUGGUAAUCUUCCUCCACUCGAUGGCAGCAUCAAGCCUUGAAGACGUCCAACUUCUUGAACAAGUUGUCGACACCUUUCGCCACGCCCGCGAAAUCCAUGCCGGCGCCGAGAGAUUGUACCAGAUUUGUGCCACUUUUGCCAGACUGGCUCGACGUAUGGUGGAGUCACGAAACACAUCAGUGGGCAUGUACGAUCAAAACACCGACUCGCUCCAAGUAGCAGGUGUGUCUCAAGAUGUGCCGCUGAAUUGGCCAGAGGCGUUUGUGCAGCCAACUGGACAGGGACAGCAGGCUACGUCUGAUUCUGAUGUUGAUGCCUUUUUGAAUGAUGACAUGACGUCGAUCUUGGCGGAUUGGAUCAAUGGCCAGCCUCCUGCUACGGAAAUGUUUGUUAUGGAUUUUGGGGAGUGA